GCUGUGAUAACAGGCUGCUGCCUCGACUCUGUUAUCUUCCGUUACCCGCCGUCCGAGCAGCGGUACUCCUCCGGACCUGAACCAGGAUUUAUUUAAUUCUUAUGCAACUUCACUAAAAGCCGGAGCGCCCCUCCCAUGGUGUCCCCGGGAGACUCCCCAGGCAUUCACUCGACUUUACGGAAACUAUCGGCGUCCGUUUUGGGGUCUUGAAAAUCAUGGAAACGUGGUUUUUGAAUCACGUCCUCGGGUUGUCUCUGUCGGUCCUCCUGCUGGGUCUGCCGGGGCCCCUCGGGGCAGGGACCCCCAGUAACAACAGCUCGGCUCACGUAACGGCAGGAUUUUACUAUUCAGCCGCCACAGAUGAAGUCAGUAACGUGGAAAACAAAGCGACCUCAACUUCAUUCUCUAGCGAGAGUUUGUCACCAUCACAGAGGAACCUCCUGCUCACACACACUGCUGAGACACACACUGCUACUGUUGGAAACUUCGAUACUGAGCGGGCACAAACUUUCACAGAAACAAGCAAAAUCCGCAGGUCAGCAGAAACCACCAGUCUGUCUACUGAGCCGCUCACCUCUACCCUUGUUGUAGCUACCACUGAGGCCAGCAGCAGCAGCAGCAGCAGCAGUAGCAGCAGCAGCAGUAGCAGUAGCAGCGGCAGCAGCGGCAGCAGCAGCAGCAGUAGCAGCAGGGACUGGAAGGACUUUGUUAACACAGACCAGGUGCCAUACGUCUCCGUCUCCCAUACUGUGACGAGGAUGUUGACAGAGGACGUCAGCGUGCCCCAGGACAGCCAAGGCAGCACUCUGUGGCUGGGGGAAGCCACAGCCUUGGCAUCACAGACAGACGUUCAUACUGACAGCACCUACACUUCCACCACCAUCAGCCGAGCCGGGGAGAGGACCCUGCGGUCUGUCACCUCCUCCUCCAACAACAGCACCUCCUCUGCUUUUACAGAGGACUCCAAAUCCCAUCAGCCCCCAUCUACCUGGGGAAUUCCUGCUGGGGCUACAGAGACUGAAGACUACACCCACAGUGCCCCAUCCACUAGGACUGACAACGAGCACACAACAGACCAGCACAUGACCCACUCCUCCAAGGGGAUGUUUUCAGAGACCGGAAGCCCAUGGGGGUCUAGAGGAACCCAGAGUUUAACUGGACCACCUAAUGCCACCCAGCAUCAAAAUACCUCAGUGCCUGUGGAGCCCUCCGACUCUACACCACCUCUCAGAGUGACAGAGCUCAGCACGGAUGAAUCUGGCGUGUCAGUUUCCUCCACACCUCCUGUCACCUCACCUGCAGGAGGUCCUACCAACAUCUCAGGGACAGACCCGGAGUCAGCCUCUAAUGUUGGAACAUCCACUGAGUCUCCCACUGCAGGCCACAGCUCCAGCACUCAGAACCAGGAGGCCACCGAGGGGCUGUCAUCCCAGACCAGACAGGAUAGUGUAGGCUUGGGUCUGACCACAGCGCCCCCUAGAGUCAGUAGCAAUACACCUGAAAUGGACGACUCUCUCCACUCCACUCCAGUGCUGGUUACGGAGACCUUCCUCACCAGCACACCUGUUCCUGUCACAGAAAGAUCACAGAUCACAGAGGAAGACACCUUCAAAGCUGCAGCCUCCACCACCAUCACCACAACCAGCCCUCGUCUACCUGCAACCUCAUCCCCCAGCUUCAGCAGCACCACUAGCAGUUCAACUUCAGAGUUACACACCGAGGCUACCAUCCUGUACACUACACCCCCCACCACGGCCUCCACCCCGGCCCUGCACACCUCUGCAGUGCACACAACUCACCGUGUGUCACCAAGCCAAACCCAGGGGCCCUCAACUGGGAUUGCUAACCCCACAAACGUCACCACCCUGCAGACAGAAACAAGUGCUGGCUCUCUGGGAGUUACCACCUCUCAUGGAAAGUACACCACCACCACCACCUUUACCCAUAGCACCCCAACCAGGAGUGCAGAGGUUCUGCACACCACCGGGAAACAGACAGACAGGGGAACCACAGAGCAGGUGGUGACAACAUUACCCACUGACAUCCAACCCACCAAGGCACCACCACCACCACCACCAGGAAACCCCUGUGUGUCAAACCCCUGUAUGAACGGAGGCAUGUGUGUGAGCAAUGAAAGGCAUCAGUUCACCUGUAACUGUCAGCAGGCAUGGACAGGACCGACCUGCAGCCAGGAUGUGGAUGAAUGUGAGAAGAACCCCUGCCCACUUGGCUCCAAGUGUGUGAACACACAAGGCUCCUUCAGCUGUGAAUGUCAGCUCGGCUUCAACCUCGAGGACGGACGCACCUGCACCAGAGCAAAGACAUUUCUGGGAACUUUCAGUGUGAACAGACUUCCACAUGACCCUGUUAUAUUCAAGAGCACCACCAUGCAUGAGAUCCAGAGAGAGAUCAUUCAGCUGCUCAAUGCCUCAUUGUCAGUCCUUCGAGGCUACAGCCGCUCAACUCUGAGUAAGAAAGAGGAGGACGGGGUUCGUAUCUCAGCUGUCAACAUGUUUUCCAUCUCCACCGAUGUGACGAGUGCUGAAGUCUACAACAGCAUCCAGAUGUCUCUCAGCAACUGCAGCUCCUCGCUGGCCCACUGCCGAAUGGUUCUGCACCACCAGCUCACUUAUCAUGUGGAGAGUCUAUGUGUGGCUCAGAAGACUCAGUGUGAUAUAGAGCGCUCCACCUGUACGGACAGCAGUGGCACAGCCUAUUGCCAGUGUCUUCAAGGAUACUACAAACACAAUCCUGAUGACUUGUCCUGUCUUGAAUGCGGAGAUGGCUACAAGCUGGAAAACGGCACCUGUGUCCCGUGCAUGUUUGGUUUUGGAGGAUUCAACUGUGGAAAUUUUUACAAGCUGAUUGCAGUGGUGGUGUCACCAGCAGGGGGCGCCCUGCUCCUCAUCCUCGUCAUUGCUCUCAUUGUCACCUGCUGCAGGAGAGAUAAGAAUGACAUCAACAAGAUCAUCUUCAAGAGUGGAGACAUGCAGAUGUCCCCUUACGCAGACUUCCCCAAAAAUAACCGCAUAUCCAUGGAGUGGGGUAGAGAGACCAUAGAGAUGCAAGAGAACGGCAGCACCAAGAACCUGCUGCAGAUGUCUGACAUUUACUACUCUCCUGCAUUGCGUAACUCAGACCUGGAGAGAAAUGGCCUGUACCCGUUCACAGGUCUGCCGGGCUCUCGCCACUCAUGCAUCUACCCUGCUCAGUGGAACCCGUCCUUCAUUAGUGAUGAUUCGCGAAGAAGAGACUACUUUUAACUACCCCACCUGUAAUACACACACACGCACACACACCCUCUGAAACUUACCACAUCUUACAUAGACAAUUGUGAUGUGUCAUGAUGGUUUGCUGCCACAGUGACAAUGCUAAUGUGUGAGCCUCACUGAUUUUGAAAAUCCAUUUGACCAUUUGCGUUCAGAGCUGCACAUUAAUUAUGUAAAUGUGUGUGUGUGUGUGUGUGUGUGCGUGCGUGUGUGUCCGCAUAUUAUAGAAGUGCACAUUUUUGCAAGUGAAAUGGGUUCAUGUGUGACUAUUUCAGUAGUUUUGCAUGUUUCACCUCAUUUACUUCAACUCACUUGUACUUUACAUUGUCGCUGUGGAUGUUAAAGAUUGUUUAAUGUGUUUUUCCUGGUUUCCAGGCAGCCACUGAUUCUCAUUUACUUCGCUGUAUGAUGAAAAACUAUUUGCAGACACUUUGAACGUGCUUAGGUUAGGUAAUUCAUUACAGUAAACAUCAUGUCUGAUAAUGCAGUGCAGCUUUGCUUGAAGAAAAAGUUGCACUGCAUCAUUGCACAAUGGUAAAUAAAAGCAGAAAUGAUGUUUGCCGUGUUCACCCUCUGGGCGUUGCCAGGAAUGUGACAAGGAACGCGGCAAAAUACAUUGAAAUGAAAUAAAAAAAACAGCAGUAAUGUAAACUAUAUGGGAUGUGUAGCAGAAAGACUAUCACAUGCGUAAACACUGAAUCUGUAUGGUCCUUCAAGUGAUGAAAUAUGAAUAUGUGCCUGCCACUGUUGUGAUCGGGAAAUAAUCAUUUUCUCCAUUCUGUUGGAACAUGACAAAAACAAACCACUGAAGGUUGCACAAAGUUCAGUUUUACACCACCUAAACCGAGGAACGAGUUUGUAAUCUGAUGCCAAUGUUUAUUUAUUCCCUGUAUGUCUAAGUCCUUGACAUGUAGCAUAUUGAACAUCUCACCCAUACACACUGACAGACUAGAGGGAUAAAUCUGUGGCUGUUGGUGUGUGUGUGUGUGUGUGUGUGUGUGUGUGUGUACAUGUACAUGUACGUGUUCGUGUGCGUGUGUGUGUGUUGUGUGUGCGCUCAUGAGAGAACGAGCAAGUGUGUGUGUAUCACUUAUGUAUUGGUGUUUAUGUGUAUGUGUGUGUGAGGAAUAAUUAUUUGUAUACCAGAAUGAUCAUAACUGCCAACGAGUGUUUGAAUGUAAAGAUGUAUCAUAAUUAGCUAUUUCUGACACAGAGUAUUAUUUUUUUUUUUGUCAGUAUUUUCUUCCUUUGUGUUUAUAUGGUCUGUUGAUUCUGGCGUUUUAGUCAGACGUGCUUAUUUAAAUAAAAAUAUUGCACAGCA